CCGGUGGGGACGUAUUGCCUGGAUGACCUGGGCCUUGAAAGGUAUUAUCCCUAGUAGUAAGAGUGGAGGGAAAUAUCUUUCCGAGAGAUACCGAUUUGACGAAGUAGGCCCGGAGAAAACAAGAGGCGUUGGAAGGAAGCAGACGGAUGAGUUUGAAGAGAGGAUAAAGUCUAUCCGAGACAUGGGAUGUCCGUUGGCUGUCAGGUAAUGUU